AUGACAAACACGUCGGACGGCCAAUCCGACCAUGAUUCCACUUACUCUAAAUACUCUGAUACAGCAAUCACGGAGCGCAGUCUCCACAAGAUGCUGCAAGAACUCCGAACUACAAUCAGAACUGACUUCCACCGCAUUGACAGCGACCUGAGAAAAAGAGAUCUCUACCUUAG